AUGUUUUUACAAGAUAAUAACGAAGAUAAUUGCAGCACGCAUGGACGAGUACUGCCGGACAUUGUGGACCAAGCCCAAGGGGCUUUUGUAGGUGGGAGAUCGGUGUCUGAUAAUGUUAUGCUUGCUCAGGAACUUAUAAGGGGAUAUUCAAGAAAAAGAAUAUCCCCGAGGUGCAUGAUAAUGGUGGAUAUCCGAAAGGCUUAUGACACUGCGGGGAUUAAGGCAAGGGGACCCCAUGUCCCCCAUGUUGUUCACGUUAUGCAUGGAAUUUCAAGAAUGUUGAAGGCCAAGACUGCGAGCCCGAUGUUCAAGUUCCACCCAAGAUGUUCUAACCUCCGCAUAAGCCAUUUGGCUUUUGCGGAUGACUUGAUGCUUUUUUGCAGGGGAGAUGUAAGCUCGGUGGGAAUAAUGAUGAAUGCGUUGAAUGAGCUCGAAGGGACCUCAGGGCUAGCGAUUAGUGCUACGAAAUCGAAACUGUUUUGUGCUGGGGUGCGUGAUGACCUUAGCUUCACACGCAUCCCUAAUGGCACCUUGCCUGUUCGUUACCUUGGGGUUCCUUUAGAUGCUCAAAAGCUAAAGGUAUCUUGCUACACCCCUCUUUUUGAUUCCAUUAACAAGUAUAUAUCUGCCUGGAAGGGAUUUUCUUUAUCUUAUGCAGGUAAGCUUGAACUGAUAGCCAAGGUGAUCCAAGGUGUGGUAGCAUACUGGAUGCAAGAGUUUUCUCUACCACCACAGCCAAAAGAUGAGGGCGGACUUGGCUUGCGAAAUUUGAAACAUUGGAACAAUGCGUUUAUGACAAAAACACUCUGGAAUAUCCACACCCGGAAAGAAACGUUAUGGAUUCGUUGGGUCCAUGACUUUUAUUUACGGAAUGUGGACUUCUGGACGUGGAAUCCGGGAAGAAACGAGUCCGCCCUCAUGCGUAGUUUGGCGAAGGUUAGGGACCUUCUCGUAAGCAGAUUUGGAACCACUAGUGACUGUAUCAAUAAACUGGCCUCUUGGAAUGGACCGAAUGGCAUUAAUACUUCGGCCGUGUAUGAAGCAAUUCGUCCACAAAGCCCAAAAAAGUUUGCCAUGAGGUUUAUUUGGAAGAGCUUUGUCCCUCCUAAAUUUGCUUUUUGUACGUGGCUUUGCUUACAUGGAAGGCUACUCACGAAAAGCAAUGUAAUCUUCAUGGAGAUUGACAAACAUUGCUCGUUUUGUGGUGCUACACUGGAAGAUAUCAACCACCUUUUCUUCAUGUGCCCGUUCUCUAAACAAGUUUGGGACCGUGUAAGAGAUGGUGUUGGUAUUGCAAGGAAUACGGCCUCUAUCAAAGGAGCAAUAAAAUGGCAUCAUAGGGAUUCUCGAGGAACCCGGCCUCGAUCCAAGAUUGGUGCUCUAGCUAUCAUGGCCUCGGUUUUCCAUUUAUGGAAGACAAGGAAUGCUCUUUAUUUUGAUCAGAUGGCUGCCGAUGUGGACCGUACUUCUACCAUGAUCCUCAAGAACAUUUUCCAGGUGAUGUACAGGUUAUACCCGAAUGGGUGGAAUGCAUGA